AAAUACGACCAAAGGAGGGAGUCCUGGAGGCUCUGCAUAAGGUCAAGCGUUUUGCUGUGUGUGGUGCAGAAAGCCAACAACAUAAUUCCAAUACUCGCAAACCAAACCUCGUAUUCGACCAUGCCCGGGAUACGGACAGCCUGCAAGGUCAGCCUUGACAAGCCGGCGGCCGAGCAGCCGCAGCUUCAUAACCGCUGGCACCCAGACAUUCCGUUUAGUGGCACCAUCAAAAAUGGGGAGACGGUCAAGAUCGAAUGUGUCGACUGGACGGGCGGCCAGAUCGGCAACAACGACUCGGCCGACGACAUGCGGUCGGUCGACCUCACAAAGAUCCACUACCUGAGCGGGCCGUUCGAGGUCGAGACGGCCGAGCCGGGCGACGUGCUGCUGGUCGAGAUCAUGGACGUGCAGCCGUUCCAGGACCAGCCGUGGGGAUUCACGGGUGUCUUUGACAAGGGCAACGGGGGCGGCUUCUUGGACGAGUUUUACCCUUCGACCGCCAAGGCCAUCUGGGACUUUGAGGGCAUCUUCUGCACCUCGCGCCACAUCCCGCACGUCAAGUUCGCGGGGCUGAUCCACCCGGGGAUCCUGGGCUGCGCGCCGUCGGCCGAGGUGCUGGCGACGUGGAACAAGCGCGAGGCGGAGCUGAUGGCGGCCAACCGGCUGGACCGCGACGUCGCCAAGCCGCCCGAGCCCGUCAACGUGCACGCCGGGGCCGCGGGCGCCGAGGUCCGCGAGAGGGUCGGCAGGGAGGGCGCCAGGACGAUCCCGGGGAGGCCCGAGCACGGCGGGAACUGCGACAUCAAGAAUCUGAGCCGCGGGAGCAAAGUCUACCUCCCUGUUCACGUCCCCGGCGCCAAGUUUAGUGUCGGCGACCUGCACUUCUCUCAGGGCGACGGCGAGAUCUCCUUCUGCGGCGCCAUCGAGAUGGCGGGCAUCAUCACCAUCAACUUCAAGGUGCUCAAGAACGGCAUGGCAGACCUCGGCUCGCCGGGACAGCCGCUCAAGUCGCCCAUCUACAUCCCGGGCCCCGUCGAGCCGCACUUCGGGCCGGGCCGCCACAUCUACUUUGAGGGCUUCAGCGUCGACCAGCACGGCCGCCAGCACUACAUGGACGUGACCGUCGCGUACCGCCAGACCUGUCUCCGCGUCAUCGAGUACCUACGCAAGUUCGGCUACAGCGACUACCAGAUCUACCUACUCAUGUCGUGCGCGCCUAUUCAAGGCCACAUCGCCGGCAUUGUCGACAUUCCAAACGCCUGCACCACCAUCGGCCUGCCCAUGGACAUCUUCGACUUUGAUAUCUCGCCAGCGGCGGCCGCCAAGGCCGAAAAGCAGGACAUGGGCUCGUGUGCCUUUGAGACGGGCGUCAAGGAGGGCGUCGUGACCAACGGCGGCGUAAACAGCCAGCACAGCUUCGGCGGCGGCCUGACUUACAAGGAGUGACUGGGAUGUUGGGUCUGUGUGUGCUGCGACAAGGGCCAUCACAAAAAAAGGAUUGUGGUGAUGCAUCGUCCAUGUGCCUAUCUCGUCUAUAUAACCCCUUCCCCCAUCCUCCCGAAACCCGUCAUCCGCUGUCCGGAAUCUCGUCAAACGCUUGGUGGC